AGUCGGGCUCGGCGGCCGCUGCGGGCGCAUCCACCGGGCAGCGCUGCCGCCGCUGCAGCUCCUCCUGCCCCGAGCCCACCUGCGGCGGCGGCUGCCCCGGCCCCGGCUGGACGGACCGGGGGGGCUGCCGCCGCCGGCGCGCUCGGGCUUAUCCCUGCCGCCCUCCAGGAUGAGCCCGGAGUAUUUCCUGCGCUCCUUGCUGCUCAUCAUCCUCGCCACCUUCUCGGCCAACGCCAGCAACUGGCUGUACCUGGCAAAGCUGUCUUCAGUGGGGAGCAUCUCUGAGGAGGAGACGUGUGAGAAGCUCAAGGGCUUGAUCCAGCGCCAGGUACAGAUGUGCAAGAGGAACCUGGAGGUGAUGGACUCAGUGCGGCGCGGAGCCCAGCUGGCCAUCGAGGAGUGCCAGUACCAGUUCCGCAACCGGCGCUGGAACUGCUCCACGCUGGAUACCCUGCCUGUCUUUGGCAAGGUGGUGACACAAGGGACACGGGAGGCAGCGUUCGUCUAUGCCAUCUCUUCGGCAGGGGUGGCCUUCGCAGUGACCCGUGCCUGCAGCAGCGGAGAGCUGGACAAGUGCGGAUGUGACCGCACGGUGCAGGGGGGCAGCCCGCAGGGCUUCCAGUGGUCGGGCUGCUCUGAUAACAUCGCCUAUGGUGUGGCCUUCUCACAGUCCUUCGUUGAUGUCCGUGAGAGGAGCAAAGGGGCCUCUUCCAACAGAGCCUUGAUGAACCUCCACAACAACGAGGCAGGGAGGAAGGCCAUCCUGAACAACAUGCGGGUGGAGUGCAAGUGCCACGGCGUGUCCGGCUCCUGCGAGUUCAAGACGUGCUGGAAAGCCAUGCCCCCCUUCCGCAAAGUGGGCAACGUCCUCAAGGAGAAGUUCGAUGGAGCCACAGAGGUCGAGCAGAGCGAGAUCGGCUCCACCAAAGUGCUGGUGCCCAAGAACUCCCAGUUCAAGCCUCACACGGACGAGGACCUCGUCUACCUGGACUCCAGUCCUGACUUCUGUGACCACGACCUCAAGAACGGGGUGCUGGGCACCAGCGGCCGGCAGUGCAACAAGACCUCCAAGGCGAUCGAUGGCUGCGAGCUGAUGUGCUGCGGCCGGGGCUUUCAUACGGACGAGGUGGAGGUUGUGGAAAGGUGCAGCUGUAAAUUCCAUUGGUGCUGCUCCGUCAAGUGCAAACCCUGCCAUCGGGUGGUGGAAAUCCACACGUGCCGGUGAUGCACGGCGGGGAGCAUCCGUCCGUCCCCCUCCAUGACUGACCCAGCUUCUCCCUUGCCCCAUGGCCAGGACUGAGGAAGGAACCCAGAUGCUGCAGGGAGAGCGCAGCUCUUCACAGAGACAGAGCCCAGAGGAAAACAGAUUUUAAAGAAAAAAAUAUUUAAAGUUUAA